UGUCCUGCAGUUUUACCAGGUGUUCGGUGCCUGAAUAAUCCUAUGGACCUAUGUCAUAGUAAUAGUGACUGCGAAUGGCUUGAGAUGUGCUGUUCUAAUGGUUGUCAGAAACUGUGCAUGAGAGUUCCAGCAGGUCCUCCUAGUUUUGCAAAACCUACAUACUUGGAACCACUGCAUCCUCUUUUCCCAGAUCGUCCUAUUGUCAAAGAAUCUCCGCACUUUGGACCAAUUCUUCCCCCAGCUAAACCUUUCCCAGAUUAUCCUGAUUUUAGACCUCCAUAUUACCCUCCUCAACCUGAUUUACCUCCAAUACCAGUUGUGCCUUUAGAUCCUUUAAAUUAUAUGGCUGAUGUAAACCCCUUUGCUUAUGGUAGAGAAGAUUAUUUCAACUAAACCCACAAUAUAUUCUGGAUUUCUUCUUAAAGAUUUUGUUAUAUUGUUGACCAAACCAAAGAACAAUAUAAAAAGAUAUGUACUGUCAAAAUAGGUCUUUGUAAAUUGACAAUAAAUGUAAUGACAGUGUC